AUGGGCCUCAAGUUUUUGCCGCCAGAAGUCGAAGAGGUAAUUUUUCAUUUAUUAAGAAAAAUCAACGUUUUACUUUCAGAUUCUCGCUCAAUUCCGGCUGGAUCGCGGAAAAUUGCAAGAAAUUAGCGAAAAAGUGGAGGAACAGAUGAAAAAGGGUCUCGCGCAGACGAAGGGCUCCUCAAUUGCCAUGUUGCCGAGUUAUGUGCCGGCGUUGCCCGACGGAACCGGUAAGGUCACAAAAUUUCAUCCAAAACCAUUGCUUUUCCUAAAACUCUCGCACAAUCUGGUGCCGAGACCGCAAACACCGGAUUUGACGACAACUGUGCAAGAGCACCGUAAAAACCGGUAACAAGUUGCAGAAAAAGGAAAGUAUGUGGCAAUCGACUUGUCGGGCAAAAAUCUGAGGAUAAUGUUGCUGACAAUGGACGGAAAAUCGCCGCAACGACAGAAUACCGUCAAUUAUAUUGUGGCGAAUCAUGUGAUGAAGGGCACCGGCGAUCAGGUAAGCCGGAAAACGUUUUUUCAAAAGUUCUGCUGCUUUUGUUUCCAGUUGUUCACAUUCAUCGUCAACUGUCUUCAACGAUUCCUUCAGGAAUUCGGACUCGUCGAUGCGAACCUUCCAAUCGGUAAUUUUUCGACGCUCCAGCAUGCUCCAACGGCAACAGAAACUUAUUUUAGGAUUCGUUUUCUCCUAUCCGUGCGAACUACUGUCAAUCCGUUCGGCGCGUCUUCUCUGGUGGACAAAAGGCUUCGACAUCAAGGAUUGUCUUCAGAAAGACGUCGUCGCACUUCUGGAAGAGGCUCUCGAGAUGAACAUGGUCAGUUUUUGAGCGAUUUUGAGUCAAUGAUGCUUUUUCCGCGCAUUUAAAAAGCUAUCAAUUUUCAGUCGACAAAAGUGAACAUCAAAGCGGUGAUGAACGAUACGGUGGGCCAGUUGGCGGCCGCCGCACACAAAUACGGACCGGAAUGCACAAUCGGAGUCGUCAUCGGCUAUGGGUCCGUUUUUUAAUUCAUUAAAGAACCUGGGGCAAAAAAUUCGAGAAAACAUCCCAAAAGUGUUCUAGUUUUCUAGGCCACGUCCACAACUUUAAUUGUGCGAUGUUCCUAAGAGUUGGGAAAGAAAGACAAUUCCACAAUUUUUGCAGAUGCAACUCGUCGUAUUUGGAAAAAACGUCACGAAUCACAAAGUUUGACGCGAAAAAGCUGAACUACAAUCACGAGAAUAUGAUUGUGGUGACCGAGUGGGAGGAGUUUGGCAAAAAUGUGCGUUUCUUCGAUUUUUCGACACUGUCAUUGUUCAAAUUUCAUCAUUUCAGGGAGAAUUGGACGAUAUAAUGACGCAAUUCGAUCGGGAAGUCGACGCGGCGAGCGUGCACAAGGGAAAACAAUUGUGAGCAUUUUUCGGGCAGUUUUUGAAACUUUUUUUUUUAAUUUUAAGAAUCGACAAGCUGUGCGGAGCCCUCUACAUUGGCGAAGUCGUCCGAAAAGUGCUGUCGCAGCUCGUUCUGGACAGGUAAAGAGCAUUUUUUGGUGGAUUCUAGAAAUUGCGAAAAAAGUGUUCAGAAUACUGUUCGAAGGACAGUCGUGCGAGAAGCUGGACGAAGUGGAAUCGUUCCCGACAAAAUACAUCUCUGAAAUUCUUGGGUGAGCAUUUUAAGCAUUUUUUUUGAGUAAAAAAUGUUAAAAUUUGGUGGUGCACUUUUAAACCAAUUGGAUUGUUCAAAUAAGACCGAAACAGGCAAAAUAACACCACUUUUUGUCGAGAAACUGUAAUCAUUUAUAAGAAAAAUUCACUAAAAUUGAUGAAUUUCCAAUUCGGAUCGAAAACCCUAAAAUUUAUCCAAACUCGUUUGCAGAGAAGAAGAGGGAAUUUUCAAGGCGUGCCGACGAAUUUGCGAUGAGCUGGACGUCCAAAUGCACGGAACCACCGAUUAUAUUAUCAUUCGAGAAGUUUGUGACGUCAUUUCGAGACGAGGCGCCAGUAUUGUCGCCGCUGGUACGCUUUUUUCUGAGUGAACAUUGUAAAAAAAACUGUCCGAACUCUCACGAAAUGCCUUAAAGUUGUGGCCGUGGCCGAGAAAACUCUUCCCCUUGCACUUUGACAAUCUGUUAAUGUGUGUGUGUGAAUGCUUGCGCCGAAUGCCAAAAAAAGAUCCCAUGGCCUAGGAGUUUUCUAGACCACGGCCAUUUUCUUUAUCAAUUUGCAGCCCUCGCCGCGCUGCUCCGUCACCUGGAACUGUCGUCCGUCAAAAUUGGCGUAGGCGGUGCGCUCAUCCAAUUUCACCCGACCUAUCAUCAAAUGCUCAAGGAACAAUUGGAGGAAUUGACGCCGAUCACGUUGAAAGUGAGUCGAUAUUAUCUAUCUAUUGUUUCCAGGGUUUUUGUAUUAGUUGAGACGAAAUCUUGUCAAAUUAUUAAAGCUUUGUGUUUGUUUCAGUUCGAGCUGGUGCCCGCCGACGAGGGAAGUUGUCAAGGAGCGGCGCUGAUCGCCGCCGUCGCCGAACGUCUAAAGCUCUGA